GUAACAGAUAGUUCACUUCAUGUAGAUGAAUUAAGUACACAACGAAUUACUGGUCUUGGUAAUUUUCGUCAGUUAGCUGGUGUACCAAUUUGUGGUUCAAGUCAACCAGAUACAAAUGGUAUUAUUAAUAUACAUAAUGUAUUAACAAAAGCAUAUUGGAAUAUAUCACUAAAAAUAUAAGACCAGUUGUACAUGAAUUAAAUACUAGUAAAAAGGUUCAGAGAAAUCAUCAAAUGGUAAAGAGGUAAAUAGUUAUGCAGUUAUAAUACCCCAAAUGAUAUGGAUAUGUCUACGUGAUGAUUAUGUAGUUAAAUAUUCAGGUGAAACAUGUAGUUGGAGAGAAAAAUAUAAACCAGAAGAUUCAAUAACAUUACGUGGAGCUAAUGGAAUGGAACUUGAGGAAAUGGAACAAAAAUUUGCUAAUUCAAUCAGUAAAAUAAAACCUCCAUGUAAAUUAUUCAAAUUAAAUGAUAAUGGGAAAUUAUCAAUAAUUAAUAUUGAGUCAACUGAUCAACAACUUGAAUUAUUAAGUUUAAAACAAAUGUUUAAACAAGCAUUUAAUAUGGUGAAUACAAUAAAUUCAUCAGUAUCAUCGUCGUCUAAUAAUAUUAAUAAUAAUAAUAAUAUGGAGGUAUCAUCAAUUCACAGCACACUGAUUGAUAAAGUACCUAAUUCCUAUGCAAUUUAUUUGAAUGAACAUGCUAAAUAUCACCGUGUUCCGUUGCCAAAUUAUGGUCAUCCACCUCCACCGAUUUUUGACGACAUAUUACGCCUAAUGUUGAAUAAUGCUCGUGGUCUUUUAGCCAGUGCAAAUACGUGUCUUUCAUUAAAACACGCUUGCAGUGGUUUAAAUCAACCAAAUAAAUCAGCAAGACAAUCCAUUUUUAAUUCAACUAAUAAAGAUGACUUACAAUUACCAAGUCCAUCAGAUACAUUAUUAAACAAUGUGCCUGUAACAAAUCUAAUAUUUUUUGUGAAAAUGGUCGUGAACGAACAAGUUUGGCUAUGGCUAUAGCUGGGCUUAUUCAUUGCCAUUUAUUUGGAUUUAUGUUUGGCUAUCGAGCUGAAGAAGAAGAACGUAUUUCAUUACGUGAUGCAAAAUACACCAAGGGCGAGUUUAUUAUUAUAAAAAAAUUGAUUCGUAUGUUGCCAAGAGGUCAUCAAAUAAAACGUGAAGUUGAUUAUGUAUUAGAUAAAUGUUAUGAAUCUAUGUCAAUGAUGCAUUUUCAUACAAGAGAAGAAAUUUACUUUACUUAUGUUAAAGCAAGAGAUGAAAAUGAUCCAGAAAAGAAAUUAAAACUACGUAAAAGAAGUUUAGCCUAUUUGGAACGAUACUUCUUUCUAAUUCUCUUCAAUGCAUACCUUCAU